GCUCCUGUGUCCGCUCAGACGCGUCUCCAGCCCGGCUCCGUUUCCGUCCUCUCCCGCUGUCUCCGGUGCUUCAAACUUCUCCCGGAUCGCGGAUUAUUUGCACGGAUUAUACUUUUACCAUUGUGGAUAUACCGUUAAAAAAAAGCCCCGGAUGGUUGUGCGCGGCGCCACGGGACCCGGGCAGCCGGUCCCACCGCGGGAGCAUGGAGCGAGCCCGAGCUGCCUCUGAGCUCAGCCCCGAAACAUGCACCAGCGCCCGGCCGUGACUCAGCUAACGAGCCGGCUAGCAUUAGCAUCACGGAGCUCUCUGUUGGCUCUUUUUUCAACAGAUAACUUGUUAAAUCUUAAACAUAUAUAUAUUAUUUUAUCUACAAUUUAGUAUUUAAUGUACAGCCCUAAAGCUUAAGAUGCGAUGUUUGUUUUUCUUGUCUAAAGACCGAAGCCUCCAGGUUUGACACCGACCACAAGCUCCGAGCGUCGGCUCCCUGUCAGCUGAUGUCCCGGUUAGCAUUUAGCAUUCAUUUAAACUCUGCUCACUGCUUGCAACCAGAAAAACGGACCUGUCGUCUGUAAAGAUUCUCUAAUAUUUAUAACACGGUCUGGAUUAUUGAAUUUAUGAUUUUGAUUCAAUUUUCUGGGGGUGAUUUUUUUUACCGAGACGUUUGCUUGUUCUACCCGGGAAAGAGGCGCCAGAAGUCGGAUACCUGUCACUGUUCUUCCCGUGCUGCGGAAUCUGGAGGUGGAUGUAUAAAACAGUUUAUUUGAUCAGAUGGGGUUUAGUCCUCCGUAUCUGUCCCCAGGAGCCCGAGUGAACCGGGUUUAGGUUCCAGAGGACAGUGGACGGUGCUGGUUCCUCUCCCGGGCUCCCGGGCUGCUCCUCCCCGGGGACACUGCACAUUGACCGGACCGGUUCUGACGGAAAACCCGGGCCAUGGCGAACAUCAUUAAAGAGAUCGUGAGUCGGAACAAAAGGCGGUACCAGCUCGGGGACUUUGACCUGGACCUUACCUAUAUUUACCCAAACCUGAUCGCGAUGGGCUUCCCUGCAGAGAGACUGGAGGGAGUUUACCGAAACAACAUCGAUGACGUUGUGCGGUUUUUCAACUCGAGGCACAAAAAUAAUUACAAGAUCUACAACCUAUGUUCAGAGAGAAACUACGACCCAAACAAGUUCAACUGCCAGGUGGCGCAGUACCCGUUCGAUGACCACUCGCCCCCUCAGCUCGAGCUCAUGCGUCUCUUCUGUGAGGACUUGGACUCGUGGUUGGGGCAGGACGCUAAACACGUGGCGGCGGUGCACUGUAAGGCGGGCAAAGGUCGCACAGGGGUCAUGAUCUGUGCCUACCUGCUGCACCGCGGACAGUUCAGCACACCGGAGGAAGUGCUGGAGUUCUACGGCCAGGCGCGAACUACAGACCGCAAGGGCGUGACAAUCCCGAGCCAGCGCAGAUACGUGUCUUACUACAGUAUUCUCCUGAAGAACAGACUUCAGUACAAACCCACAGCUCUGCUCCUGCACAAGAUCCUCUUCCACACAGUGCCCAUGUUUACCAACGGCACCUGCAACCCUCAAUUCGUGGUGUUUCAGCUCAAAGUGAAGCUCUUCACCUCAAACUCUGCUCUGACCAAACGAGAAGACAAAAACCUCCAGAUGGACCUGCCCCAACCCCUGCCCCUGUGCGGAGACGUGAAGGUGGAGUUCUACCACAAGACCAGCAAGAUCACCAAGAAGGAGAAGAUGUUCCACUUCUGGUUCAACACGUUCUUCGUCCCAGAGCCUCCUCCGAUUGGACAGAACCAGGCGAACGGAGGGUCCCAACAGAAUAGGAGGAGAGGAGGAGGAGGAGGAGGUGGAGGAGGAGAGGAGGAGAGAGGUGAGGAGAGAGGAGAGAGCAGGGAGGAGCAGAGCGGCCUGGACUAUCUGACCCUCAGCCUCUGCAAACAAGAGCUGGACAAGGCCAACAAGGACCAGAGCCACCGGAACUUCUCACCGAACUUUAGGGUGGAGCUGUUCUUCACAAAGCCACAGGAAGACGGCGCCGGCUCCGACGCGGCCUCCUCCGUGACGCCGGACGCCAGCGACGCCGAGCUAGACCAGUACCACUACUCGGACACCACGGACUCAGACCAGGACUCAGACCCAGAGCCGGAUCUGGACCAGGACUUUCAGGUCUCCAGAGUUUGACCCACAGGACUCUAAACCCAGAAGGACUCCUGAGACUGGGGACGUUUGUUUUUUUUGGGGGGGGACAAUCAUAAAAAAUGUGCAGAACUUUUGGGUCAAACCAUAGACUGUAUAUAUAAAUGGACACAGCUAACCCGCUAGCCGCUACGUCCAAUUCACUUUCUAUUGAAAAACUGUCACCCCUGUCUCCGUAACCGCUGCUGUCAGGCUUGUCAUUCGGACCAUAAAAUAUUCCCGGGGGUUUUUAUUUCACAAUUUUAUCCCUAAAUCAAGAUAUGAACAUUAAUAACAGACAAAUCAGGCGCCUUCUUUCCGCGAGGUCGCUCCCGUUAGCGUUAGCAACAGGUUUGAUCGACAGCGUGUCAAACCAGCGGUGCGGGCAAGGAGGGGCGUUACCUUCAACAGCCUCGCUCCUGAUUGGCUCUUUGGUUGCUAUAAUACUCACACUUGCAGGCGGAAUUCCAAAUACAGCUCCAGAUUAGCAGCUAUAACCGCUAGCCACAAUGAGCUUCAUUUGGAGCUGAUUGCUGUGGGUAAUGUGACACUUCCUCAGUCCACUUCUUUAUACAGUCUAUGGGUUAAACGUUUUCCUGUAAAACCAAACCUGUACCUGUGCUGUGUCCCGUCGAACGUGCUCUCUGGACCGAAGUCCGGGACGAUAUUUAAAACCAAACCCAUUUAUAUUUGUGCUAUACUCCUGUACUCUGCUCAUGUAGGCUUCUUCAACCCUCUGCCGGUGGCCCGAGGACGACGCAGUUCAAAUCAGGCACAGAACAAUAGCUUCAAACAUCCGGACCAGUCUUGGCGAAGGAGUGUGGACUUUAAAAAAAAAAACCCAGAGGAGCACUUAUGGAUCCGCCUCCUGAUGAUGUCACAAGUUGGAACAGAGCGUAAAAAAAACCACAAAAAAAAAAAAAAACGCAACAUGUGUGAAUUAAACAAAACAAAACAACUCCAGGGAUGUUUCUGAGGAGGACACUACGUUAGAACAGGGUUUAAAGCCCCACUGCGGAACAUUUCCUCACAUUAGAACAGAGUUAAAGCCCACGCUGCGGAACAUUUCCUCACAUUAGAACACGGUUACAGACAGAUUAGGAGAUGUAAGUUUGAAUUGUCAUCGCAGAAUGUUUUUUUUGGUUGUGUCAUUUUCUCAGAAUAUUCCCGUAAAAGUCACGACCGGUUCAAAUCGUUUCUGGU